CAUUCAUAUAAUCCAAACACAAAUGUUGAAGAAAUUCAUAAAGAAUAGCGUGACUCCAAAAAGUAGGAACGCUGAGCCUCUCGAAAAAUCAAAUACUGAGAAACCACCCAAGUACAAUUUAGGAAUGACACAGAAGUUGAACACAGAUUUGGCAAAUAAGUUAAAACUUGUCGAUAAAGACUCUUUUGUGUCUCCAGGAUCAAGUAGGAAUAAUCCUAUCCAUAUCGAGAGGAAUGCUACCUUUCAGAGGGCUCCUCUGACAAAUCCUUCAGCUAACCUUAUUUACGACCUUAAGGUCGAGAACAAAAAGCUGAGGGAGCAAAAUGAGUCACUUCAAGAGAGGCUCUCUGACAUGUUCCAAACCUUGCAGAUGAAUAAACAAAUGCUAAAAGAUGUGAUCGAUAAAUCCAACAUCGAUAUUAAAUAAUAAAACUGACCAGUUCAUAAAGGAAUGUGAACAGAAGGAUAAGGUAAUAGAAGACCUCAGAACCAACUUUAUUGAUCACAUGAAUGCACUUGUAUUUAUCUGUACAAGAUGAGGGCAUAAACAAUAUAAAACUGAAAUGGGGAAAACCGGGCUUGAUAAAACCAGGUUCCAGACCAACACUAAUUUUGAGGACUCUAAAGGUGCGAUUAGCAGUGUUCAUGGGUCCCAAGGAGCUCAGAACCAUUUUGAAACCUUCCUAAACUGGACUGCAAGUGGUAAGGCCCCGAAAGAGGUAACUGUAAGCAAAGCAAAUGAUGAAAUUAAGGAAAAUCAGGAGGGAGAAGUUUCAGAGGAUAAUUCCCCCAAAACUUUUAGGAUGGUCGUUUCAGAUACCCCAGAAGGCUAUGGCAAUGAUAAAAGUACUCCUAUCGAGGAUAUCUGCAACGGCUCUGUGGUCAUAAAAGACGUCACUCCUUCUAAGCUAGAGUUUAAGUCAGAUUUAGAAGAAGAAGUUUAUGAAUCAUCACAAAGAUACACUAACGAAGAGAAUUAUUUUGAGUUUGAUCCGAAUAUGCUUUAUACUCAUUCACCUCUAGAAAAGGACAGUAUCGCUCAAGACCUCGAGAAGAAGGAAAGCGGCCAAAAGAAUCUUAACGUGUCAGAUUUUGAGGACUACUAGUUUAAAAAUUCCUAUUUAU